AUGGCCAAUGCCAAUGGGACCGAUACUCCCGUGGCCAAUGGCUUCAAACGAUCUCUCCCCUUCUUCCGCAGGUCAUCCCCGGACCGGCCUAUUGCUCGCCGGCGCGAGUCCACUGUCCACUGGCACCGAGGCGUCCGGUCCUUUUUGUACCUAAUAGCCUGGAUCUUCCUGGUGCUGGUCGUGAUAGGAAGCGUCGCCGACAAGCCCGUCCUCCGCAACACCUACUUCCUCUACCUGGACCUUUCCAACAUCAUCCCCGUCUCCGUGCCCAAUGCCGUCCUGAUCAAUUCCAUCGCCCGUACGAUCGGGUUGCACGAUUUCUACCAGGUCGGCCUGUGGAACUUCUGUGAGGGUUACAAUAAUGAGGGCAUCACGCAUUGCUCGAAGCCGCAGACGCUGUACUCGUUCAACCCGGUCACCAUCUUGCUCAAUGAGCUGUUGGCCGGCGCCACUAUCGCCCUGCCAUCGGACAUCUCCAAACCAUUGCAUCUGGCCAAGAUCGCCUCCCAGUGGAUGUUCGGCCUAUUCCUCGCAGCGGCCGUGUUCACCUUCGUCAUGAUCUUCGUCAGCCCACUGGCCGUCUCGUCGCGGCCUCCGCAAACCGUCAAACUUUGGGCCAAGGCCAUGGACGGCAACGGUGCGCCCAUGGGUCCCCCGCCUCAUCGCCGCCGCAGCUUCAUCCUACUCCGCUCGCUGCCUAUGCUCAUCCUGAGCUUCUUAACCGCGCUCUUCACGGUUGUCGCCUCCGCCGUUGCGACCGUCAUGUGGAUCAUCUUCGCCAACGUCUUUGCAAACGCAGACCCCAGUCUCAACAUCAAGGCGCACGUCGGCACCCAGAUGUUCGUGUUCAUGUGGAUUGCUUCGGCGUUCAACUUCACUGCCUUUAUCGUGCAGUUCGGUUCCUGCUGUGCAUCCUGUUGCGGCGGCCAUAAGGCCAGGAAGCAGCUCAAGGCGCAGGGCGUGGAUCUGCGCGAGAAGGGAGAGCACUCCCACUCCCACACUCCGGACCGCUCUGAAACCGAAGAGUCAACUCGUGCCCCAGCCGACGGGGAACGUCAUGCCCUCACCCCUUGA